CAAUGAUAAAAAACCACACCUAUACGCUCACAACACACAUAUAACCCAAACAAGCCCCGGUUCAUCACAUCAAAAUCUAUAGCCAUCAACCCUCGCCUCUUCAUUACAACAAAUCUUCACAAUUGUUCAACGAAACCUUCAAAAUCAUUCAACAAUUCAUCACACAAUUCUUCAAUCAAUCAAUCUCAUGAGGCCUCCGUUCAAAUCAAACAACACAAUCGGCAACAAAAACCUAACCGAUUCUUCACCAUCCGAUGCGAUGUUCAGCAAUCUAUGGGUCGGAAACCUGACGCCCGAUGUUACGGAGUUAGAUUUGCGCAAUUUGUUCGAGAAACACGGUGUUGUUGAUAGCGUUACGUGUUAUCCGGCUCGUAGUUAUGCGUUUGUCAAUAUGAGGCGCCCUGAGGAUGCCAAGAGAGCCAAGGACUCGCUUCAAGCUGUUGUGUUGCGUGGUGGAUCGCUCAAGAUUGAUUUUGCUAAACCGGCUAGACCCUGCAAGACUCUGUGGGUAAGUGGCAUCAACAUGUCCACAUCCAAAGAAGACAUGGAACAAGAGUUUUCUAAAUUUGGUAAAAUUGAGGAUUUCAGAUUUAUCAGGGAUAAGAAUACGGCAUACAUCGAUUAUGCCAGACUGGAGGAUGCAUCAAAGGCCCUUAAAAUGAUGAACGGAAAGUAUAAAGGUGGAAGCGUGCUUCGUGUCGACUAUCUAAGAUCCCAGUCAAAAAGAGACCCGGGUCAUGAUUUUCGUGAUGUGAAGGAAGGUCAAUAUUUUAGAAGUAUGGUCCCUCUUGAUUCACCUUGGUUACCACCAGAUGCUGUUAAUCCUUCAUAUAACGGUGCCAAAAGGCAACAGCAUAACAUGCCCUUAGAAGGAAAUGAAGAUCAACCAAGUAAUGUUUUGGUAAUUUCAUAUCCUCCUGUUGUGCAUGUUGACGAACAGAUGCUACACAAUGCCAUGAUUUUAUUUGGAGAGAUUGACAAUAUCACAAGUUUUCCGUCAAGAAAUUAUUCACUUGUUGAAUUUAGAAGCGUAGAAGAGGCACAACUUGCAAAAGACGGGUUGCGAGGUCGCCUUUUCAACGAUCCCAGAAUAUCAAUUAUGUUUUUAAAUAACGAGCAUGCACCCAACAAUGAUAUCUCUGGAUUUCAUCACCCUGGGACAAAACCUCAUGGAAUGUUUAACGAAUUCCCACCCCCGGGCCCACCAAUGGAUGCAUAUGGUCAUCCUGUACUAAUGCCAGCUAGACCACCUUUUGGUCCUCCAGAUAGCUUUGAUCCUCUAUUGCAAGGUCCAGAGUUCAACCCAAUGGGUGUUCCUAACUGGAGAAGCCCGGGACCCACCAGGACAUCUCCUGGGACAUGGGAUGUUUUUGAUGCAAGCCAAUUGCAUCGGGAACCCAAAAGGCUGAGAACUGGUGGUAAUACACCCUUAAGAGAGAUGAAAGAUCAGGGCGUGUUGGGCCCUGAUCCUGCUUAUGGUGGUCCCACAAAAUUUCCAACCCGUGGGGCGGAAAAGGGUCGACCCGGUUCUGACUAUAUUUGGCGAGGCGUUAUUGCUAAGGGUGGAACUCCUGUUUGUAAUGCUCGUUGUGUUCCUAUCAGAGAGUGGGUUGGAUACGAUAUCCCUGAAGUUGUUAAUUGCUCAGCUAGAACAGGACUGGACAUGCUGGCAAAGCACUAUACAGAUGCUGUUGGAUUCGAUAUUGUUUUCUUCUUGCCUGACAGUGAAGAAGAUUUUGCUUCUUACACAGAAUUCGUACGCUACUUAGGUGACAGAAAUCGGGCCGGGGUUGCUAAGUUUGAUGAUGGAACCACUUUGUUCUUGGUCCCACCUUCUGAGUUCCUUUCAGAAGUUUUGAAUGUAUCUGGGCCUGAACGCUUGUAUGGAGUCGUUUUGAAGUUCCCUCAACAUGCCUCUGCCAGCUCAUCCCAACCUCAAUUUAUUGAUAAACAACAAGUUCCUUCUCAAAAUGAGUAUAAUGUUGUUCCCAGUGGGGAGAAGGUGCUGCAAGUUGAUUAUAGUGGGGUCCCACAUGAUGACUUGAAGUCAAACCCGAAGUCAACAGGUCCAUCUCAUAACCCCUUGGCUCCCCCUCCCCCAGCUGUCUCCACUCCUACCCCGCAAACUGGGCUUGCUUUAACACCUGAACUUAUUGCAACCUUGGCUUCUUUAGCCAAAGGUAAUUUUAACGAUCAGCAACCAUCGGCAGCGGGUCCCCCUAAUGAGAGACCACCUUGGGAAUAUGAACCGGAACUGUCCAACAAUACAUUUCAUGGUCAGCCACCAAUCCUUCCCGGGCAUCAGGGUUAUCAGUCAAACAUGGUCAACAACGCUCAUUUGACCGCCUCAGGCAACUUCCCUCCUAUGCAAGAUUAUUCUUUCGGUAUGCCACUACACGAUGGGGUUCCGUCACCUAUGCCACAAAGUGGUCAGUUUGCAGUUCCUGUGCAGCCAAACCAGCAAUAUCUACCCAAUAUCCCACAGGAGACGCAUCCUGGCUCGGUUUUACAGGCUGGAGCUAAUCCUUAUGGUGCUAAUGUAUACCAGCCACAAAGACCUGAGAAUCCGGGUAUGCAGCUCCCGGAGCAGAUGCAGCAGCUGCAGUCCGCGUUAUAUGCUGCAGGUCAGCCACCGUCUGAUUUUGAUGCUGAUAAGAACGAACGAUAUCAGUCAACGCUGCAGUUUGCUACGAACCUUUUGCUCCAAAUACAUCAGCAGCAGCCAUCAGGGCAAGGGAGUGGAAGUGGUUCUCUUCACUAAGGGUCCAAACGGGAACAUUUUCUUUAUAAUGACGUGGCGCUUUCUUGGCAUAUCUUCAUUUGGUCAACGCUCGAGGUCAAAUAUAUUAUUAUUAUUGCUUUGUGUUGUUGGAACUUGGAAGAGAAUGGUGUGCUCGUUCGUAGUUAUAAAACAUAUUUUUCUCCGAAGUCUUAAAGUGUUAUGGAUAAGUUGCCUAGGAUGAUUUAUGAUUGAAGUUGAAGUGGAUUUCGGUUUUUGAAUUUAAGAAAAAUUUUGGGGUUUUCAUAAUUAAAACUUCAUGUGA